UGUUGGAGCAGUUGUGUUUCCCUCAAAACUAGCUUCAUAGCUAAAUAUGUCACAUAACUAAACAUAAAACUUUGCCUCAGACAGCGGGCGCUCAUAUAUCUACCGCUAAAGCUAAACCUCUCAUACGGUUAUGACGUGACCGUUAACCGACCCCGCGUUUGUAACGUUUUUAAAUCCUCCGCAUCACUUGAGAAAAGUGUCUGUACUGAGCAGGAUGCUAGCAUGUGUCGUUAGCAAACCACUGCAGGAAAUUAGCUCGUUAGCUUAGACAGCCAGCCAGGUAUUAGUAUGAGGCUUCACGCUUCCUCUUUAUGCUCAUACUCGAUUUAAAUAAGCCGUGCGAAAUGGACACCGAGGCGAUAGUGAUCCGCAUCAAGACGCCGUCAGGGGACAUGGACUCGGCCGUUGACUGUCCAUCUCUUCUCAACUUCAAUGACUUGCUGGUUGCCAUCAGAGAUGUGAUGCCUGAAGCCACUGUCACAGCAUUUGAAUAUGAAGACGAGGUGGGGGACAGAAUCACUGUAAGAAGUGAUGAAGAACUUAAAGCCAUGUUGUCAUAUUACUUCAACACAAUGAAUGAACAACGCAUGAAUGGACUGCUGCCGGACCCUCUACAGAUUUUUCCACGAGCCGGCAAGACUCCAGGGAUCCGGAACAUACAUGGCCUGAAGGUUAAUACAAGACCUAACCCAGGCAAUGACUGCACCCAUGUUGUCCCAGACUCCAUGGCCAACAACAGCUUAAAAAAAUCAUCUGCUGAGCUGAAGAGGAUCCUGACAAAUGGGCAGAUAAAUGCCCAAGAUAUCCACUAUCAAGAGCAGCUUGGCCAUGGAAACGGAGGCACAGUCUACAAAGCGUACCAUCUUCCUAGCAAGCGGGUAUUAGCUGUCAAGGUCAUUCCCUUGGAUAUCACGGUGGAACUACAGAAGCAGAUCAUGUCAGAAUUAGAAAUACUCUACAAGUGUGAUUCACCCUACAUCAUCACUUUCUUCAGUGCCUUUUUUAUCGAGAACAGGAUAUCCAUAUGCACAGAAUUUAUGGACGGUGGGUCUCUGGACGUGUACAAAAGAAUUCCAGAGCACGUCCUGGGGAGGAUCGCAGUCGCAGUAGUCAAAGGCCUGACGUAUCUGUGGAGCCUGAAGAUACUUCACAGAGAUGUCAAGCCUUCCAAUAUGCUGGUGAACACCCGAGGACAAGUCAAGCUCUGUGACUUUGGUGUCAGCACACAGUUGGUGAACUCUAUUGCCAAAACGUACGUGGGAACAAACGCAUACAUGGCGCCGGAGAGGAUAUCAGGAGAACAGUAUGGGAUCCACGCAGAUGUCUGGAGUGUGGGAAUCUCUUUCAUGGAGUUGGCGUUAGGCAUGUUCCCCUAUCCACAGAUCCAGAAAAACCAAGGAUCUUUAAUGCCUCUCCAGUUACUGCAAUGCAUCGUUGAUGAGGAUCCUCCAGUUCUUCCAGUCAGCCAGUUCAGUGAGAAGUUUGUCCACUUCAUAACUCAGUGUAUGCGACGGCAACCCAAAGAGAGGCCUGCCCCUAAUAACCUCAUGGAUCAUGCCUUCAUCAUACAGUUUAAUGAUGGUAAUGCAGAGGUGGUGUCGAUGUGGGUCUGUCGCUGUCUGGAGGAGAGACGAGCUCAGCAGGCUCAGGGACACGUCUGACACCCUCUUGUUGUCCGCCCAGGAUGGACCAGGACGUUUGAUCCCAAACCUUGAACACUUAUCAAAGGCUUCAGGGUCAAGUACGUCCACAUGCACUGUACAAGUGACUCGAUGUACACAGACAAAAAUCACUAGAUGUUACAAACUUUAUGUGAGUAAUUCUUUAUUUAACAGCACUCGUGCGUCGUGACAAUGAAGAGCUCACAUCUUCUGAACUUUGCUUCUUAAUCUCUGCAUCCAAAAAGUGCACAGCUGUCUGCGCUUUCUUUCUAAUGUGGGUCUCCAUCCACAGCUUCAUCCCCGCGUUUUUUGAGAGUAUACAGAAAUGCAGUGAGCACAUCACGGCCUGAUGAAUGGAGAUAAAAUGGUCCCGAUUUAAAGGAUCAGUGACAAGAAACAACUUCAAAGCAUCAGACUGCAAUACGCUGUCAGAGCAACGCUCUGUUUCUGGGAUGGUAUCUCAAAUAACCGUCUUGUGCUUUACUGUUGACAGCCCUCUAUUGAAUGUUUAAGGUUUUUGCCUGUGAGUAAUAGCCCAUGUGUGUGCCUGUUUUUCCAGUGGUGUAAUUUAUUACCUCAGAAAGCUUAUAUUGUCACUGUAUUAGCAGAACUUUCCCCAACAGAUUACCUGUUUAAUUUCUGGACUAAAACAUUUGUAUCCAGUUAUGUCCUAAUCUUGUGAGGUCAGGGUAUUAAAAGAAUACUUCACCUGCUAAAUUAUAAUUUGUAUAUAAAUUACUCACUGUGUGUUACGUUGAAUUUGUAAAGAAAACGUUUUUCUGCUAUGCGAAGUCAAACAUUCUUCAUGUAAAUGGGGACCAUGUUUGACAACAGCAACACUAUAUCAGAACAACUGUUUACAACCUCUAAAGCGGCAUUUAUACUUGUGUGUCUGCUUUAUGCAGAGCCUACACAUAUGGCCUACACCGUUGUGAGCAUUUUUACUUGUGCGGUGGUGUAUCUGUGUCAUUCUGCCGUUACACCUCCAAAACACUAGUUGGCGGCAGAGGUUUCUGUUAAGUGUUGUGAAGUUGAGUUGAUUUAGUUGAAACACAUUAAACAUGGCUUAAUGAAGUCGAUUUCAAACACAAGUACACAUAUCAGCUUCACUAUAACUCAGCAUUCACAGACAAAGCACUCUUUUGCUGGACAAAUUUUCCCACAAAUACAACAUGCUAAUGUUUUUAGCACAAGCCUAUGGCAUUUUACAUACAAUUAGCCUAGCGGCUAGGGGACUUUUCCUCUACUCAUAUGAAGCCAGGGACAACAACAACUUUUAACAAAGGUAACUUGACAAAAUUCGGCUCCAUUACAACUCAAAAGGUUCACUGACAAAAAGGACUGUCUUUCCUAAACACAUUUUCCAAACAAAUUUAACAUGCUAACGUUAUUAGCACAAACUUAUGGCAUUUUAAAAUGUAUAAAUUAGCCUAGCAGAGGGUUCCUCUGCUCCUAUGAAGCCAGGAUAAAUAACACACAAGACUUAUAAUGCUAUUUUAGUGGAGGCUUUAUUGUCUUCACAAUUUAUUGUUUCUUAUCUGUAAAAUUAAGGCAAAUAAAAGCUUCAUUUCCACUGAGGGAAAUGGUUUCAGCUUACAAAAAUAGACAGGAGGUCUGCAUCACUGUGACAUGUUACAUUUAUGGGGAGGUGCACAUCACGGCGUAGGGUACGGCUUCGAUUCAACACAGAAGUAUAAAACUCGUGUAGUAUAAUCCAAGUCACGUUUAUUCAGUUAUAUGCUCAGUACUUCCCAAAAACAUGCAUUUUCGCCAAGACAUUACUAUAAAAAACACUUCUGCCUAUUUGGCAGUGCAUGAGACUGUUUGUACUGAUGUGUUAAAUGUUUUAGUAAAAAUAAGUACUGAGAUUACGACUGGAUUAAUGAGACUUGGAUUAUACUGCACGAGUUGUGUCAACAGAUGCUUUUAUAGUUUUUCUGUCAUUAAACAUGGUCGCCUUUUACUUCAGUUCAUGAAGAAUGUUCACCUUUUUGGAUUCUCCAUUCACUGAGGAGGCGUGCCAGAAAUUUUUCUUCACAGUUCAAAGUAACAUGCAGUGAAUAACUGAUAUACAAAUGGUCACUUUGCAGGUGAAAUAUUCCUUUAAGUGGAUACAAAGCUCUGUUUGUCUUCAAGUGGUGUUUAGGUGAACAAAGAGCCUGCAGUAUCACUGAGUUUGAAGCAGCUCUGCAGUUUUACAGAGUGCAGUGAAAAAUUGACAUGCAACGUUUCUUGGUUCUUUAGCUUAUGACCAAACAAAUAAUUCUUCAUACUCAUCUGGACAAACCAGGGUUUCUUUCCAUCUAGGUUUUUAGUUUUAACUGGGUUGCACAUCUUUAACUUCUGUUUGCACGGACACACCUGACAUUGAAUGCCACUGAGUGACCUGUUGGAAAGGAAAUUAUGCUGAAGAAGUUCUUCAGUUUCAUUCAGCAGCUAUUUGUUUUUCUGAAAAUCCAUAAGAAUAAGAGACUAUUGACAAGAAGUGAAACAUAACAGAAACCAUAUCUCUUCCUCCCUGUAUAAACCAACACCAACACAAGUUUUUGUUUUAUCCACUUUCUCUUUACUUUAGAAAGAUAUAUCGUGUACUAUACAGAAAGUGUGUUGUUUUAUUGGAUUGCCAAAUGAGAUCAGUUGAUAUACUGAAGAGGGAAAACAUUAAUGCAGUGCACUUAACACCAAAGACCACUGACGACCCAAAUGGUGAAUCAUACAUAUCUCUCAUGACUGAGGCAAACAUAAUGGGUGAAGUGACUAAAGUGAUUCGUUUUGGCAAGGUCCUCAUGUGCAGCUGUGUAAAUGUGCAGAGCUCAAGUGCAAUUAAAGAUUAUUUUUAUUGGCUUUUUGCCUUUAUUGACAGGACAGAAGGUGAAAUGGGGAGACAGAGAGUGGGGACUGACAUGCAGCAAAGGGCCGCGAGCCGGAUUCGAACUACGCUACCGACGCCCCAAGUGCAAUUAAAUAUAAUUUCUCCCACAAAGGAAGCAGUAAAUACACCCUACAGUGACAUGAUGUGUACAGUGUGAACAUCACUGGAAACGAAUGUAACAGUAGUACAUCAGCGCAACAGAAAAGGCUUAAAGCACCAGUUUAUCAUACGUGUAACAAUGAGAAGACACAUGGAUGGUAGAAUUUAAUCACUGGCCUCUUGACUGAAAAUCAUCGCAAACUGAAAACACAUUUGUUUUUUGUAGAACCAAACAUUGUGUCAUUCAUAAUUUGGGAACUCCUUAAGAUAUCUUAUAGUUUUACAUUACCAAGCCCUCAGCCGAUCUAUUGCUUUCAUCAUUUUGAUUAAGUAUGUGAUUUCCAGAAUAGGUGUUUCAUUUAGCAUUUCUGCUACUUGAGUAACAUUUAUUUUCAUCAAGAACUGACACGACUCCAGAUAGGAAAGAGAAGGAAUACUGUUUGUGUAGGGAAUCCAAAGCUGUGUCCCAGCUCCAUACUACAUACUGAUUCCUGUAUGUGCUGCAUGUAUGUAUGCAUGAAAAAAUUACCAUACUGAAAGAUGCAGAUAUGGAUAAUAAAUUUGCCUGAUUUUUUGUGUUCUUGAUGGUCACUGUUGACCCACAUUGCAAUGUUAGAAAACUAUUGGAAGAUUGUGGUGCUGCAGCUCGAGAAACAUCUUGAAAACAAUAAAUCCAAUUUCACAAUUCAAAAAAAAAGCUUUGGGCCCUGAUCACACAGAAAGCUUUGUAGCAGCUGGAGGGGCCUUUUUGCAAAAAAUUUUGAAAAAAAAAUUCAACUCAAAGCGGAAGAAUGCCCCACGUCAUCUCUCUUUCAUCAUCUUUUUUCCCUUUGUCCAAUUGGAUGAUUUGAGAGGCAGGCCAUCUGUGGCAGUCAGGACAACAAGUUUACUAGCCUCUUACACAGACACCGAUGACGUCAGCACGCUGGCUGACUCUGUCAUCUGUGGACAUUUCCCAAAGGAAAGUUGUAAUAGAACUAGCACUGGCUCCCAGCAGCAGUGAUGUGAUUGGAUCCAAAUCCGUGUACUUCCGUACUUCCUCGACCAACAGCUGAUUAGCUUUGCCUUACACCCGCCUACACCGGAAUUGCUGUUCCCUGAAUUGUUGUCCGUAGUACAACAGAAAAAUAAGUGUUCAGUGCAUCGCAAGAAGAGAUUAAAAUGGAUAUGAUUUAUUUGGUUCAGCUAUAUUGCAGAGCUGCAACGUCCACAAGAUUGGAGAAUCUAAGGAUUUACAGUGUGCCGUACCUAUGGCAACGCCGUCACGUGGUCUGGAUAUCCCCGCCCAUUUCUGUUACAAAACGAAAGAUGAAUGUCCCCAGACUCCCAUUCCGAAGUAAGGGAAGCUGGUCACGGGAGACUACAAGUUUACAGUUGGUAAACAAUGGAGGAGAAACUGGUUGCAGCAGUUGCUUCAUACCCAGAGCUAUAUGGCCCCACGAUAGACAGCAGGAUGUCAAACUGCCCCCGAGUCAUCCUAAAAUAUGCCUGGAAACAGCCAGCAACGAGGAGAAGCUCCUGGACCAACUGGUGGUACUCCCUGUCAUCCACCCUCUUUUUAAAGGUCUUGUGCACCUGCACAGAACUUCGUUUCCCUAUGCCCGACAAACUUUUAACUGACAGCCUCUCACCCUCAACCACAGCUACAGACAGUUCCCUCUGCCUUAACAUUUUAGGCACUACAUACUGAUCACUGUCUUCUAAAUAAAAUAAAUGAAGUGCGGCAGUGCAGCACACCUCGCGUUUCCAACCUGCAAAAUGCUUUCUGUGUGAUCGGGGCCUAACUCAGGGUCAACUCGAGGCUUUUUCUGCAAACCAUGGGUACGUUAAAUUUGUGCAUUAUUUUGUUAUGGAUAUGUUGAAACUUCACCUUUCUCAGCAAUGCUGUGGCGAAUUCAUGGUUAGGUUUAGGCACAAAAAUCACUUGGUUAUGAUUGGAGAAUCAUAUGAUUGGGGAAUCAGCCACAAUGCCGAAAACACUGGUGGAAACAUCAUGAAGGGUUGCUAAAAAACAACAGAUCUGUUGGUUUUGAACAGUUGUCUGUAGUUUGGCAGGUGUCUUUCACAGGUGACACCCCAUCCACCAUUUCUUCUAUUGCCUGAUGACACAGUCAGCUUAUACAAUACGUCACUUUAGAUAUGUAUGAAACUUGCAAAUGUAACGUUCUUGUGGUUUGCAGAAACUUACAAUGCCAACAUUUUCUUCUAGCAACUGGGCUGUCCAGAACUUGGACGACCACACGAUGCAAUUGAAAGUUUGGGUAAAAGCCAAAAGUGUAGCACAGUUUUCAAGGUGAAAAAUGAACAUUUACUCUUUGGACAAAUGUCUUGCUUUCUGUUGAAGAUUCACAAUAUUACAUUGGCAGGAGUGUUGAGACUACAGUCUAAUAAAUGUACAUCUGUGCAUAAUUUGUACAAUUAGUACAAAACAUUUUGACUACUACCUGCAAAAUAGUGAACCAUGAAAGUUACAUAGUGCAUGAUAUCAAUACAGUCUGUAGGAUGGAGUUUGGACACAGCACCUCAGCGCAGUGGUAACCACUAUUUAUUGUCAAGUGAUUGGUUGGGGUAGUUUAACGGUUGGAGGGAAACCUUUAGUUGCAAACUGUGCUGGUUGUGCUCAGAGCUCAUUACGAAAAAAUUGAAUUUUAUAUGUGAUCCCAGCCUACAUUAAAGGUCCAGUGUGUAGGAUUUAGGUGAAUAUAUUGGCAGAAAUGGAAUCUAAUAUAAUAAGUAUGUUUUCUUUAGUGUAUAAUUGAAUAAGAAUCAUGUUUUCAUUACCUUAGAAUGAGCCAUUUAUAUCUGCAUAGGGAGCAGGUCCUCCUCCAUGGAGUCUGCCAUGUUGUGUCACCAUGUUUUUACAGUAGCCCAGAAUGGAUAAACCAAACACUGGCUGUAGAACAGGGCCAUUCACAUUUUUGUGUCACCCACCAUCGAUAGCAGCCCCUUUUUAACGUGGAGCUGCUUUAUUCAGUGUUUCUACCAGUUAAAAUCAUUGGGUCUGUUUGUUUUUGAGAGGAAGAGACCUCUGCAUAUAAUUCAGCUCCCAGUAAAAACCUCCUGAAUGGAUCUUACGUUACAGUAUCAGAGAAAAACAUUGAGCACGGAUUAACCAAUUUUAAAACUGGUCCAUUUCUUUUGAAGAGGACGAGCCCUUUGUGGAUAAUUUGGCUCUUGGUAAAAACCUGAACAACGAACACUGAAGGAAUCCUAACUGGGAGUUCAUGUGUUGCACACGGGAGAAGUUUCAGCUGGUUGCAAUCCUCAACACUAGAUGCAUCUAAAUCCUACACACUGCUCAUUAUAAACAUUAAACAGUUCAUCACUGUUAAUAAACUCAUACUACAAAUGUCCUUUAUUCUGUGUUUCAGUUGUUAAGGGUUUAGUUUGUGAUCAGUCAUUACAGACAAAUUGUUUGUGAACUGCACAACCAGCGGAGGCUCUAUGUGUCAUGAUUCAUUAGUGCCAUUAUUUUUGCCUCAGAAACCUAAAAAUGAGGCUAAGCCUUUUUACUUUGAUGUACAUUAAUAUACUCUUACCUUAACUUCAGGGGGACUUCUGUGCAAGAUGCCAUUCGUUUUCAUAAAAAAAAAAAAAGGAAUGCCACUUUGAAACUUGUGAAACUCAAAAUUUUAAAUUGUUAAUGAAAUACGUCAACAUGAAGUUUCCAACUGUUGUGCAUUGAAUAGAAUAUAUACUUUACAUUAUACCACAUAUAUUGUUAAUUAUAUUAAUCUAACUGUCAAAUUCUACUGUAGUAUUAACACAUCCACUAUACUGAGUUGGCCUUAAAUGUAACUGAAGCUAUAAAUACUUUGCAGUCUGGUAAAACUAUGUGUGAAAUAAGAAGAGUGUGUAGUGGCCACUGGUUACUAAUGAACACUCUGCAAAUGUUAAAUAUAUUCUUGCAACUCAAAUAAAACCAAAAAGAUAAAAGCAAUUCACAUUUCUGAGCAGAUGCUCUGUAAGCUCCACAAUGUGCUCAUUGACUGUGAUGUUUAAAAACCAAUCUGAGGUAUCAGUGGAAGUAUUUAUUAUGUUUUUUUUACUUUUCAGCUUGUGACUCUUGCCCUGUCAUUUUUCCUGUUUUUGCCAGAUCCACAAAGCAUUAAGUCAGUGAUGGGACUCAGCAGAAAAAAUAUUAGUGCUGCGAUAUUACUGGCUGAUUAUGGCCUUUUCUGUAACUAUCAGUGUUGGCACAUAUUCCAACCAUAAUGCACAAAUAGAAUAAAUAAAAAGUAUU